UAAACUCUAUUGGCGCUCCUCCGGGGCUGUAGUGGUCAAAACGACCUUCAACCGAACGAUUUAAACUACACCAUCAUCUACUCUCUGAUUGACAGCGAGCCCGCGUGAGCAGCUCACGUGACCGGCGGAGCUCCCGUUUCGAGGUUCCUCCGGCAGGACACCCCCACUUCCUCACCUCCUCCCGCUCCUCCUCUGCCAGGGACGGGGGCUGCGGUAGGAAACCGAGCGCCGGCCCCGUUCAUGCUGCACUUAAAUAAAGCAUGACGAAGGCGCUCCUGGUCGCGGUGCUGACCCUCACCGCGGUGUCCGCGUCGCGGGAGGAGGUGAUAGACGAGCUCCUCGGCAGCCUCUCCAGAGGAGCAUCCUUCCUGGAGAAGGAGCACCUCCACAUCAACCUGGACGGGGUGGUGGGGUUCUUGAUACUGCAGGCUGAGCUGAAGGAAGCUGUGCGGACGUGGCCUCAUACGGACCCGGUCAGCUGGGCCCAGCGGACCUCGGCCGUGUCGCUGGUCAAACAGCUGGACCAAAGCCUGGCCAAGGCCGUAGAGGCCCUGCAGCAGAACGACCCCAAAUACUACGCAGAGUUUGAGCCCCUGCUGACAUGGAGGUUCUGGUUGAUACCUCAGGAGUGGAGCACCACAGACCCGAGCCUGGUCUACUCCUCCACCAGCACCAUGGAGUGUUACGACGAGCAGCUCAGUGACAAGUGCAUGACCCUGCUGCUGGGCACCUGGAAGAAUAAAGGCACGCCCUGCAUCGUCACCAAGUCCUGCAGGGACACCAUGACUCGCUUCGGCUGCCCGCACUACUCGCUCUCUCACCAGCUUCUGUACUUCAUGAUCGGCACCAUGAGAGGCUGCUCCCAAAUGCUGAAGGGGGACAUGCGGGCAUCACGGGCCAACAUGACAGAACGCAGCUACCAGAAGAUCUUCUGCUCCAACAUGAUGAAGAACAACCAGGAGACCCUCCAAGACGGCUUCACCGGGCAAACGCAGGACAUCUUCAUCGAAAACAUCCUGCUGUGUGGACUGGCCGGCUUCUCGGACUUCUACAAACCGGACUGGCUGCAGCACAUUCUCAGUUUGCAGGACCAGGAACUGGGAUGUUUUGGGAGAGAUGGGAAAAUUAUCUCCCAGAUAAUCGGAGAUGAACUCCUGGAACAACUGCAGCUCCACCGGAGGGUCAAGAGGAGGGAGAAGACACUACGAGAUGGCUGCUCCAGUCACAUGACCGGCGUGGCGGUGAGUGCGCUCGGAGGAUACCUCAACUACUACCUGACCGAACAGGACAUCACAAAGAGACCGCUCACCUGAAGGGUGGGGGCAUUUGGAGGAACGACAUGUUUUGGAUCGCAGGGUAGAAAUGUCCCGUAAGUGCACCUAGACUGGUGACUGUUCCGACCCCGCGUCAGCUUCUGAACACAGUUGUGAAUCUGGGUUGUGUUUUCUUACUAUGGGACACAGACACAAACUUUAAAAUAUUACAGUGUAACAAGUUCUAACUUCAUUUGUCACAUCUCAUUCUGUACAUGUAACACACAAGGCGACAUUGUUUAUUGUGCCGAAUAAGACGGCCACUUUUUUCGGGUUAUCUGAAAAAUGAUACAUUUGUAAAAUAAGGACACGUCUCUAAUUCCUCAUUUAAAAGUUCUAUUUUUUUUCUUCUUUUUUUACAAAUUCACUGCAACUGAAUGCAAUAUCCAAUAACCGCACUGAGGCUUAAACAAGGUGUAUUUUACACUUCUCUUGAACCCAGUAACAUCUGUAUAUUGUUCUCAUGUAGUGUCUAUUGGCUUUUAAUCAAGUAAAAUAAAUAGAACUGGUAUAAAACAACACAUAAAGGCCUCCGGACUAUUUCUAUGAAGAAACAAAGAGAUAGUACAGCAUGAUACAGGACUGUAAAACACAAUACACGGGCGUCCGGGUAGUGCAGCGGUCUAUUCCGUUGCCUUCCAACACGGGGCUCAACGGUUUGAAUCCCCGUGUUACCUCCGGCUUGGUCGGGCGUCCCUACAGACACAAUUGGCCGUGUCUGCGGGUGAGAAGCCGGAUGUGGGUAUGUGUCCCGGUCGCUGCACUAGCGCCUCCUCUGGUCGGUCAGGGCGCCUGUUCAGGGGGGAGGGGGAACUGGGGCUAGUAGCGAGAUCCUCCCACACACUACGUCCCCCUGGUGAAACUCCUCACUGUCAGGUGAAAAGAAGCGGCUGGUGACUCCACAUGUAUGGGAGGAGGCAUGUGGUAGUCUGCAGCCCUCCCCGGAUCGGCAGAGGGGGU